UAAUCGAUGUAAACAUCAUACGUUGCAGGUUCGGCGAAGAAGAAGAGCUGCGAUGUCCAUCUAUUUGUUAUGUCUGACAACAAACGGCGGAUUGCCUGUGUUUACGCGAAAGAAGGGAGAAUGCGAAAAUUUGCCCUUUUCCACGGUGGCCUCCCUGAACGGCUUUCACAUGUUCUUCAAAUCGCUGGGGAUCCAACUGGAAGCCACAACGACCAGCAAACAGCAGCCAAUCCAGAAUCAGGCUCCCGCGGAUGCCGAGGAGUGGACUUACAUAUGGCGGGACAGGGAAUCCAUCACCCUGAUCGUCUGCGGUUGCGGCGUGGGGUCGGAGCAACUGCUUCAGACGCUGGCUGAUCUUGUCUUUGGAGCGAUAGGCAUGUUUAUCACUCGGGCCGCGGAAAUGGCACAUGCAACGCUUCUGGACAGACUAAAGAAGGACGCUAAGAAGUAUGUGCCGAUUGUUGAUGCCAUUCUCGAAGCCGCCUGUGCGGGCACACAGCUCCUGGGCUACACGGACUGCCUGCUGGCGGCGGAAAACGCCCAGUUGCUGCAGUGCCUAAACGAGUUUAGCGGCCACUGCGGUUCGCUCUUUUGCUGCCUGGUUGUUGGACAUCGCAUCGCCGUUGCCACAGAGGGCUGGUGGGAUCUGGACACUCGCGAUCGCGAGCUCUUGCUGUUUCUGUUGAAUUCAUCGAGCACACUGCAACACGACGUGCCGGUCUAUUUGCCUGUGAAGAGUCCUCAUAUAGCCUACCGUUUUGUCAGCAUUCCUGUGGCCUCCAAUAGUGCUUUGUGUGUUCUGUGUGGCGCUGAGAAUGCCUCAUUCCGAGAGUUGCAUGCACAUGCCAUGAGUGCCUACCGAAAUGAGGGCAACCUUCUGGCAGCCGCUGAGCGCUGUGUGCCGCGUAGCCUGCCCGAGCACCUGGAGAUCGAUGGAAAUGUGCUGGCCAUCAUUCUUAUUAACCGACACACCCGAAAAAGUCUCUUUACCAGAAAUCUAAACCAGUCGGCGAGUAUCAAGCGCAUUAUUGUGGGCGAUCUACAGCGCUUGGAAAUUCUUAAGAAGUUUUUCGAUCAAACUAUGGAUGCAGUCCACCAAUUUGAGGCGCAGCCGUCCAGCAAUAAAACUACGUUGGUGGACCAGUAUAGCUGCUCGGACUACCACAAGUGCUAUGCGCAUACGGAUGACCUAGGAAAUGUAAUAUUUUUGUUGUUCGUGGCAGCGGUGCCCUCGCAUGCAAUGAGGUUCCUAGCGCAACGCAUACAUGCUAACAUACUCCAGGAGAAGUCAGUAUGCUGGUGAUC